AUGUGCGGCUCAUUGUCGCGGGGCCCCACCGCGGCGGCAGACAAUGGGGGCCCCCUUGCCCGCGCCACACCGGCGCUCGUCACGGCUGUCAGGCCUCCGGCCAGCCGGCUGUCAGGCCUCCGGCAAGCCCGCAGGCUGUGGUCCUGCUCCUGCCGCAGCGCCGGGCGGGAAGCCCCGACCUGGCCGCCCCGUUCGGGGAGAGCGCGAAGCAGCGCCAGGGGCUGCACCCCACCCCGGCGCAUCUGCGCCGCCGACUGCGCAGAACAAAGAGGCGAGCGGGAGGGCCCGGGGCUCUCGGAUAACGCAGUGCUGCCCACCGCGAACCAGUCAGUACAGACGUGCUGCCUGCUCUGUCACCGGGAGCGCAAGGACUGGGGAGGGCCGUCCCACAAUGGGCUGGUUUCCCCGGGCGAGAGGCUGCCACCGGACUUCGUGCCAACGCUCGUGCAGAACCUCCUGGGAGAAAUGCCACUGUGGAUCUGCCAGAGCUGCCGGAAAAGCGUGGAGGAGGAAGAGCGAAGAAAAAGGGGGGGGGGGGAGGGGGGGCGGGCGGUGCAGGAGCAGGCCCUGGCGGUCUCGUUAUCCCACACAUCCUGCAAGUCACAGUCUUGUGGGGGUGGCUCCCACUCCUCUUCCUCCUCCUCCUCCUCUUCUUCCUCCUCGUGCCACGGCAACUCAGGGGACUGGGACCCCAGCUCUUUCUUGUCUGCUCACAAGCUCUCGGGCCUCUGGAACUCGCAGCACACCAACGGGGCCGCGCAGGGCAGCCCCCUCGGGGCCCCCCCUGCUGCACUAGGCGACAAGCACCCCGGCCUCGCUCUCUCUCCGGAGCGCGCCAGCCAGGCGCCUGCCGUGGCGCCGGGGCUCAAGGCCUGUCCCUACAGCCACGCAGCCUCCCCCACCUCCAGCAGCGCCGCCCCGGGCUCACCUCUGCCUACCUCACUCGACUUCUGCAAGACGCUGCCGAAGCAGUUCAAAAGCAUGUGCCGGAGGGCCACCCCGCCAGGUGAGGCCUUCCUCUCCUCAGAGCAUCAUCAGCACUCGGACCUCACUGCUCCUCCCAACAGUCCCACUGGCCUCCCCUCCCAGCCGCCAGCGCUGAUCCCCUCCAAGCAGACGUCAGCCCAUCCGGGGCCCUUCGGCUCCCCGCCCCACGUCCCGCUGGGCACCUCCCCGCAGGCUGCGCUCUUCCCCGCGCCCAGCGCGCAGGCGGCAGCCCCGAAGCCGGCGUCUGAGUCCCCUCCCGCUGGCACGGUCUCGCACAACCCGGGGUCGUGUAAGAGCCCGCACCUGCCCCCUGCCAACGUGCCGCUGCUGAAGAUGCCGCCUCCGCUGUCGGGCUGCGCUCAUCCCUGCAACGGGCACUGCAGUACUUCGCUCAUCCCUCCGCCUGCCUCCCACCAGCUGCCCAGCACGAACAGGGACCCCUCUUGCAAAGGGCACAAAUUCCCAAACGGUACCAGCUGCCACCCGCCGCAGCCGUGCGAGGCAGACGAGGGGCUCGGGGAGGAUGAGGACAGCAGCUCGGAGCGCAGUUCCUGCACCUCCUCCUCCACCAACCAGAAAGACGGGAAGUUCUGCGACUGCUGCUACUGUGAGUUCUUCGGCCACAACGCGCCCCCAGCCGCUCCCACGAGCCGCAACUACGCCGAGAUCCGGGAGAAGCUGCGUUCGCGCCUCACCAAGAGGAAAGAGGAGCUGCCGCAGAAACUGGGGCACAACAGCAGCUCAGGAGAACCCGCUGUGGACCACCGCAACGUGGACGAGCUACUGGACUACAUCAACAGCACGGAGCCCAAGCCCUUGAACAGUGCCAAGGCGGCCAAGCGGGCUCGGCACAAGCAGAAGAAGAAGGAGAAGGAGAAAGCCCAGCUGGAGGCGGAGGCCCAGAAGCGGGCAGAGCGUGCCCCCGCAGCUGGCCAGGCCCGGGAGCCGGCCGAGGAGAAGCUGCUGGAGUGGCCGGAGCUGGAGCUGGAGCGGGUGAACAGUUUCCUCAGCAGCCGGCUGCAGGAGAUCAAAAACACCAUCAAGGACUCCAUCCGGGCCAGCUUCAGCGUCUACGACCUCAACCUGGAUGUCAACGAUUUCCCCAAGAAGGCAGCUGUCCUGGAGCAGAAGAACCUGCUCUCCCACCUCAAUGGCUCCUCCGACCUGCAGGACAUAGACCUGGCCCUGGCCCCGCUCAGCCUGGGCCCCGCCAAGAGCCACGCGCUGCUGCGGGGUGAGCUGGGCCCCCGAUGGGGCGAGGGACCUGGGGAGCCGCCGCCGGCUCCGGCGGCCGAGAACGGCGUGGUGAAACGCCUCAGCGCCGUGCCCAGCCUCUCCCGCAUGAUCUGGGUGCAGUCCAAGGCUGCGGACUCUGCCGCCGAUGGCAGCGGGCUGAGCCCGGAGCCCAAGGAGGGACAGCAGCUCAAGGGACCGGAGCUGCCGGAGCCGGUGCCCGCCGGGAGCCGGCAGCGGAAGAAUAAGCGGCAGAGCGGGCAGGCGAAGAAAGGGGAGGGCGCUGGUGCCAUGCCCGGUGGCCAGGCCCGGCUGGAGAGCCCUGGUGCGAAGGGGCAGGGGCUGGGGACCAAGCACCCUUCCAAGGCUGGCGCACCGGAGCCGCAGCGG